CCUGUCCUCCUUGUGUAACUAAUCCUCAUCCACCGGCUGGAACAUCGUGUAUAUAACCCAAGCCGGAUCUGUGGAGGUGCUCACAUAGCCAGGUGCCUUCACCACCCACACCCACACUCCAACAUCCGUCGCUGGCGAACGCCCCUCUAGUCAUCAGGAUGCAUCCGCUGAGUAGACAGACGAGUCAGCAGCAACAACAGCAACAGCAGCAGCAGCAGCAGCAGCAGAUGCCACCGCCCGUGCCGCCCUUCUCCCGCCCAAGGCCCUCCUUCCCGCCCAAACAUGAGCAUGAAUAUGAGGAUGAGUGGAGGUACGGGCGUGGGCGUCAGAGGUACUACGCCCGUGACGCAGCAAUGCGGGCGUGCUACGACAUCUGGCGACGACGCUACAACGAGAUGCCUGCAGAUCCAGCUCAAAACUACGCCUCCCAGUCCCACUUCACUGGUGUCCCAGCUGACACCCUGAGGGUGGAACACGUCGACUUCCACUCCCAGGAGAACGCCAAGGAUCACCGCACCUUGCAGUACGACCUCGUCCAGGACCUGGACCGCCCCAGCCCCGUUUACCGCAGGGGUCAGGUCUUCCACCUCUCCCUGGUGACUCGCGAGAGGGAGUUUGACUGCACCAGGGACCACCUCUACCUCAACUUUUACUUCGGACCACAACCAUCAGUGCCCAAGAGGACGAGGGUAGUGCUGCCUGUUACCAUCCAGAAGGAGUUCACACGAACCCCUCAGAAGUGGGACGUCCGUAUCCAGGCGCAGGAGGGGAACACCCUUACAUUGCAGGUACACAUCCCCGCGACGUGCCCAGUGGGAGUGUGGCGUUGUGUGGUGGAGACGGCCACCAAGAAAUACCCGAAGAACAGGACUCAGUACCGCGCCCCUGAGGACGUCUUCAUCAUCUUCAACCCCUUCUCCAGAGAGGACACCGUGUACUUGGAGAACGAGGCUCAGCGUACUGAGUAUGUGAUGACCGAGAGCGGCAAGGUGUACCGUGGAGGUUCCCGCUACACUCAAGGACGACCUUGGGUCUUCGGUCAGUUCGAUGACUGCGUCCUGCCUGCUGCUUGUCUCCUGCUCGAGAUGUCUGGCCUCACGCACACUGAGAGAGGCAACCCUGUCAAGGUGGCCAAGGCUCUAAGUUCCAUGAUCCAGGCGUCUCGUAGGCAUCGAGACUACGAUGACGAGAACCGGGAAGGACUCUUGGAGCCCCACUACGAGGACGAGUACCGUGGGGGCCAGAACCCCCACCUCUGGACCGGCUCCGUCAAGAUCAUCCAAGAAUUCCUCUUGCACGGUGCCACCCCCGUCAAGUACGGUCACUGCUGGGUGAUGGCUUGCCUCAUGACGACGGUGUGCCGCGCCCUGGGUUUGCCUGCCCGACCCACUACCGCCCUCACCUCCGCCCAUGAGACACAAGAAACAUUCACCAUCGACCGAUACAUCGACCGCUUUGGUGACCUGAUCGAGCGGGGUCCUGGACGCGACCAGCCAGACUCCCUGUGGGCCUUCCAUACCUGGUGCGAUGUUUGGAUGGCUCGUCCAGAUCUUCCCUCAGGCUAUUCUGGAUGGCAGACGACAGAUCCAGCUCGCGCCUACCAUUUCAAGUUCUCCAGUGGGUGUGGUCCCUCCUCGACGGAGGCUGUGAAGAGAGGAGACAUCGGGUUCUCCCAAGACACCAGCGCCUUCUUUUCCGCCCUCAACACCUUCGUCAGAUACUACUACGAGGACGACGAAUCCGAGUGGGGCUACACUCCUUACAUGCAACACAGACUGCCAGUGUGUCGCUCCGUCGUCACGAAGGCUGUUGGGCGUCAUGACGACGACGGUGACGCAGACUGUGAGGACGUCACAAAGGUGUACCGGGACCUGGAGAGCUCUGAGCCUGAGAGAUUCACCGUCUUCAACGCCUGCAGGGGCAUUAGGAAGGACCACGUCUACUACGACUUUCAGGAUCAGGGGAGCUACGACGUUGAGUUCGAGCUUCAGGAGCCGAAGCAAGUGAGCGCCGGCCAGAGCAUCAUCGUUACCCUUCAAGUCCACAACAACACCUCUGAGACUCGCACCGUCCAGGCUAACAUCUCCACCAGGAGCUCUUUCUAUACCGGGGUGUUGGGGACGCACCUCAAGAGGGUGACGGGCCAGUUCACCCUCGCCGGGGGCCAGAAGGACACUCUCACCCUCAAAGUGGACGCCUCCGAGUACCAGGACCGCCUCGUUGAUAUGGGCUUCAUUAAGAUCACCGCUACAGGUCACGUCUCCGAGAACAAACAGUCUUACAUCGAUGAGUUCGACUACCAGUUCGAGAAACCCAAAUUAAGCAUUGAGGUUCCUGAGUGCCAGGUGGGACAGGAGUGCACAGCUAAAUUCACCUUCAGCAACCCUCUAGACCUGCCUCUCACAGACUGCUUCUUCAGUAUGGAGAUCGGAGGCGCCUACAGGCCCAGGACCAUCAGGGUGAAUCGUGAGGUCCGUCCAAGGGAAACUUUCACUUAUAGCCAGACCUUCGUACCUCGCAAGUCUGGUGAACACAGACUAGUGGCCUCCUUCGCCUCCCACCAGCUCCAUGACGUUACGGGGUCCCGCAAGUUGACCAUCCGAGAGUAGAUUUCUUUUUUUCUACACCUCUUCCUUCUUACCUCCCCCCCCCCCCCCUUCGUGAUGUUGGAAAAGUGUGAAAACAAAGCGUGCGUGUAACAGUAGUGAAAAUGUAAACUGCGCAUAUAUAUACAUAUGAUACUGAAGGUACCGAAGAGCACUUAUAGAUCUCUCUCUGGAAUAAUUCUUAUCUAAAAGAAUAAAUAUGAUCUUGCUAAAAGAAGUAAGAGAACCGAAGAAGAACCAUCAUACCGGAAUCUGUUGCUAAUUUACCUUGGUGUGGCACCCAAGAAAAAAAAACAGAUAAGAAUAUAAAAUAACAUGACGUAAGGUUCGAGUGGUGGGGUGAAGCAUCAAUGUAAAGAGUGGACUCGAGAGAAGGAAGCAGAAUAUAAGUGAAAUGGGGAGGGGGAGAUAGUGUAUACUACACGUGUCCAAAGAAAACACGUUUUGAAAUAAAAAUACGUUUUGUCUCAUCUCUUUGACUCGAGGUAGAAUCAUUUCGUACCAAUGUAACUACUUUACUGCUCCUCCAACUCCGUUUGUGUCGCGGAUGUAUAAAUAUGUCGAGUGAGUGACAUCACUUGCAUGGUACAGUAUACUCAGAUAUCCUGCAAUUGAAAACUAACAUCUAUAAGCAAAAAAAAAAAAAAAAAAAAGCUAACCGUUCAGUAUUUUCAACAAUACUGUACAGGGUUCAAACGUCUUUACUUUUCUGUCAACAGUUUCGCUGUAAUUUUAUCCUAGAUAUGUGGAUGUCUUUACACUAUUUACUUUUCCCUCUUGCUAUACACAGGCCUCUCGCAAGAACCCCUCCCCCACCUCUCUGAAACUACAAUCACAAUAAUAUACAAAUUCACAAAGGCGACGACUACACGCAAGUUACUGGAUAUCUCAAUCUUGGUUAGUUUUCUUUUAAAGUACAGCAGCCUCCAUGCGUAGAAAAUGGUUACUUUCUAGAGCCUCAUUAGCUUUUGCAACUAAAAAAAUACAAAAAAAAAAAGAAAAAUGGAUCUUGAAAGCUUGGAGAUAUGGCUAUGGGGAUGUUCAUCUUGUGCUGCUUCUAAAGAUGAAACUAAGUACCAUAAAACUUAACAGCAACAGAAGUGGCUUCAAUACUGUUAGCGUUUUUGUUAUUUACUUAUUUUCUCGGGCGGUCAGUUUUCAGCGAGUAACCUUCCCAUGAGCCCCCAUAUCUCUGAUCAAAGAUAACAAAAUAAUUAUGAUAAGUCUUGGUGUUUGUGGUAUUAACAUAAUGGUUGUGGGUCGCUAGUUUUGAAUUAUCAUCAUGAAACUGAUUGAUGAACUAAAGAAAAAUAUACGAGCAUUUUAUUAGCCUGAGAGCACAUUGUUUUCCCUGGCCUUGAGUUAUAUAUGCUUCUGCUUCACAUAUCACUGAAGGUGACACCACAAUGAUUUUCAGAUGGUGAAGUGUAAACAGAGACAUGCAAAUAAAGAUCUUCUUCAGCAGUA